AUGAGUUUGUGGGACGACACCGGGAAGCUUUUGGAGCAAGACUCUCUCGACACCACUGACGAGGAGCUCCGUUUCGCAUGGCACGUGCCAGAGCACAAGCUGCACUACGUCAUUGUCGACGAGGAUGACGACAGCAGAGGAGGUGGUGGCGGCGGCGGCGACUUGAGACGCAAGUCCUACGAGCACCAAACCCGGUUUGCCAGUGAUGGUGGAUACGACGUGACCAGCAGUGGUGGUGUAGGCACGAAGACGAUUGGUGUAAUGCUGGACCAUGAUGAAGAACAGGCGCCACUGUCGUCCCGGCGCCGGAAACGAGCCCAUGGCAGAGUGGCGCCGCCUGUGGAAGGUUAUGGCGUGAAGCGGUCGUCGUCUGCGGCGUCCAAUGGGAGCCCCGUGGGGGUGGAACAUCGUGUCUUGGCCAAUGUGCGCGAAAGACAGCGAACCCAGAACCUGAACGACGCCUUCGCCACGUUGCGCAAAAUCAUCCCGACUCUGCCAUCCGACAAGUUGUCCAAGAUCCAGACCCUGAAACUGGCGUCCCGCUACAUCGACUUCUUGUACCAGCUGCUGGAAAGGCCUGGAACAGAAGCAGAGGAAAUGGCCGUCGAUUCCAGUGGCACCACCGACUACUGGCUCAACCACGAGAACCUCAGUUACGCCUUUUCAGUCUGGCGCAUGGAGGGUGAAUGGCAACAGCGCUGA